UGAUCUGCAGAACUGUGCUGCUUUUGUAGUAUUAAUGCAACAUUAUUGAAUUUGUCUGUGAACCCUAAGGAGAUAUGUUGAAAACAACCACAUACUCUGCUCUUAAAAGAAUCUUGCAGUGAUAAAGUUGUACGACUGCUGGAAGUGGGGACAGUCACUCCAGUGUCUUUCAACAUUCUUCAGUGCAAACUCAGUACUGGAGCUCUGUGCUUAAAAUGAUAGAUCAACUAUAACUUAAUUCUUUCCAGAAAAGAGAUGAGCAGAGGGCUGAGACUUUCCUGGAGCAGUCUUUAAAGUUCUGACUGUACAUGCCAUUUGGCUUGGGAACAGAACUCACCAUGGGACAACAUCAAAGAUAUAUCUCCAGAUGGGGACUUUUACUUGGGUGAUAUGUCUGCUGUCCUGACUGUCUUCAUACCCAAAGGAUUUAUUUUCAUUUUGGAAAUAUUUUAAAUUGAAAUCUUAUUCCUUACUGGAAACUUUCUACACUAAAGACUGCAUGCAUCAUGGGUGAUAUGGCAAACAACUCUGUUGCAUAUAGUGGCGUAAAAAAUGCUGUAAAAGAAGCUAAUCAUGGAGAUUUUGGAGUCACUCUUUCAGAGCUCCGUUCACUUAUGGAACUUCGAGCUACAGAUGCACUGCAUAAAAUACAAGAAUGUUAUGGAGAUGUACAUGGCAUCUGUACAAGAUUGAAAACUUCCCCAAAUGAAGGUUUAAGUGGAAAUCCAGCAGAUAUAGAAAGGAGAGAAGCAGUGUUUGGGAAGAACUUUAUACCUCCUAAAAAGCCAAAAACAUUUCUUCAGUUAGUAUGGGAAGCACUACAGGAUGUUACACUAAUUAUAUUAGAAAUUGCAGCCAUAGUAUCCUUGGGCCUUUCUUUUUAUCAGCCUCCAGGAGGGAAUGAAGCAUUAUGUGGAUCAGUGAAUAUUGGUGAAGAGGAGGAGGAAGGGGAAACAGGUUGGAUUGAAGGAGCAGCAAUCCUCCUAUCUGUAGUUUGUGUGGUAUUAGUAACAGCUUUCAAUGACUGGAGUAAAGAGAAACAAUUUCGGGGACUGCAGAGCCGAAUUGAACAAGAACAGAAAUUCACAGUCAUCAGAGGUGGCCAAGUCAUCCAAAUACCAGUAGCUGACAUAAUCGUUGGAGAUAUUGCACAAGUCAAAUAUGGUGAUCUCUUACCAGCUGAUGGUGUACUCAUUCAAGGAAACGACCUCAAAAUUGAUGAAAGCUCACUGACUGGAGAAUCUGACCAUGUUAAGAAAUCUCUGGACAGAGAUCCUAUGCUGCUUUCAGGUACACAUGUGAUGGAAGGCUCUGGAAGAAUGGUAGUUACUGCUGUAGGUGUGAACUCUCAGACUGGAAUCAUCUUUACCUUACUUGGAGCUGGAGGAGAUGAAGAGGAGAAGGAGAAGGAAAAAGAAAAGAAGGACAAGAAAAGUAAAAAGCAGGAUGGAGCUGUUGAGAACCGUAACAAAGCUAAAGCACAGGAUGGUGCAGCCAUGGAAAUGCAACCGUUGAAGAGUGAAGAUGGUGGAGAUGGAGAUGAGAAAGACAAGAAGAGAGCAAAUUUGCCAAAGAAAGAAAAAUCUGUUCUCCAAGGCAAACUUACAAAACUAGCAGUUCAGAUUGGCAAAGCAGGUUUGCUGAUGUCUGCGAUCACAGUCAUUAUCCUUGUGCUAUAUUUUGUGAUUGAUACCUUCUGGGUUCAGAAGCGACCAUGGCUUGCUGAAUGUACACCAAUUUAUAUUCAGUACUUUGUGAAGUUUUUCAUUAUUGGAGUUACGGUCUUGGUGGUGGCAGUACCAGAAGGUCUUCCACUUGCAGUCACUAUAUCCCUGGCUUACUCUGUUAAGAAAAUGAUGAAAGAUAAUAACUUGGUGAGGCAUCUGGAUGCAUGUGAAACAAUGGGUAAUGCAACUGCUAUUUGCUCAGAUAAAACUGGAACAUUGACCAUGAACAGAAUGACAGUGGUCCAAGCCUACAUCAAUGAAAAACAUUAUAAAAAAGUUCCGGAACCAGAAGCUAUUCCAGAGAAAACUAUGGCUUAUCUUGUGACUGGAAUUUCUGUUAACUGUGCUUAUACUUCCAAAAUUCUGCCUCCUGAAAAAGAAGGUGGCCUACCACGUCAUGUUGGAAAUAAAACUGAAUGUGCCUUGUUGGGGUUGCUCUUGGAUUUAAAACGUGAUUAUCAGGAUGUAAGAAAUGAGAUACCAGAAGAGGACUUGUACAAAGUAUACACCUUCAACUCUGUUAGAAAAUCUAUGAGUACUGUGUUAAAAAAUUCUGAUGGCAGUUUCCGGAUAUUCAGUAAAGGUGCCUCUGAGAUAGUUCUUAAAAAGUGCUUCAAAAUACUGAGUGCUAAUGGAGAACCAAAGGCAUUCAGACCUAGGGACCGUGAUGAUAUUGUAAAAACUGUAAUAGAGCCUAUGGCUUCUGAAGGACUGAGAACCAUCUGUCUAGCAUUCAGAGACUUCCCAGCAGGGGAACCGGAGCCAGAAUGGGACAACGAAAAUGAUAUUGUUACUGGUCUGACAUGCAUUGCUGUUGUUGGGAUUGAAGAUCCUGUGAGACCUGAGGUACCCGAUGCAAUAAAAAAAUGUCAGCGUGCAGGCAUAACUGUACGUAUGGUCACUGGUGAUAACAUUAAUACUGCUCGUGCUAUUGCAUUAAAAUGUGGUAUUCUGAAUCCUGGUGAAGACUUUCUGUGUUUAGAAGGCAAAGACUUCAAUAGGAGAAUACGCAAUGAAAAAGGAGAGAUAGAACAAGAGCGAAUAGAUAAAAUUUGGCCAAAGCUUCGUGUUCUUGCAAGAUCAUCUCCUACUGACAAACACACACUAGUAAAAGGUAUAAUUGACAGCACGAUCUUUGAACAGAGGCAAGUUGUAGCAGUGACUGGUGAUGGUACCAAUGAUGGUCCAGCACUGAAGAAGGCAGAUGUUGGAUUUGCUAUGGGUAUUGCUGGAACAGAUGUAGCUAAAGAAGCUUCUGAUAUUAUCCUUACAGAUGACAACUUCACAAGUAUUGUUAAAGCAGUUAUGUGGGGACGAAACGUAUAUGACAGUAUCUCAAAAUUUCUUCAGUUCCAGCUUACUGUCAAUGUAGUAGCAGUAAUUGUUGCUUUCACGGGAGCAUGCAUAACACAAGAUUCUCCACUUAAAGCUGUGCAGAUGCUGUGGGUAAAUCUCAUAAUGGACACGUUAGCUUCUCUUGCCCUGGCAACAGAACCACCCACUGAAGCUCUCUUGUUGCGAAAGCCUUAUGGUAGAAACAAACCUUUGAUUUCUCGUACAAUGAUGAAGAAUAUUUUGGGACACGCGUUCUACCAACUUGUGGUGGUCUUUACACUCCUGUUUGCUGGUGAGAAAAUUUUUGAUAUCGAUAGUGGAAGAAAUGCACCUCUCCAUGCUCCUCCUUCAGAGCACUAUACUAUUGUAUUUAACACAUUUGUGAUGAUGCAGCUUUUUAAUGAAAUUAAUGCCCGAAAAAUUCAUGGUGAAAGAAAUGUUUUUGAAGGAAUCUUUAACAAUGCAAUCUUCUGUACUAUUGUUCUGGGGACAUUUGUUGUGCAGAUAAUUAUUGUGCAGUUUGGUGGGAAGCCUUUUAGUUGCUCAGAACUCUCGGUUGAACAGUGGCUGUGGUCCAUUUUCCUGGGCAUGGGAACACUACUCUGGGGCCAGCUGAUUUCAACAAUUCCAACUAGCCGUCUGAAAUUCCUUAAAGAAGCUGGUCAUGGAACGCAAAAGGAAGAGAUUCCUGAAGAAGAAUUAGCAGAAGAUGUAGAAGAGAUUGAUCAUGCUGAGAGAGAAUUACGUCGUGGUCAGAUCUUGUGGUUUAGGGGCCUGAACAGGAUACAAACUCAGAUGGAUGUAGUGAAUGCUUUCCAGAGUGGAAGUACCAUUCAGGGGGCUCUAAGGCGGCAACCCUCCAUCGCCAGCCAGCACCAUGAUGUAACAAAUAUUUCUACCCCUACACAUAUCCGAGUGGUGAAUGCAUUUCGUAGCUCCUUAUAUGAGGGGUUAGAGAAACCUGAGACACGAAGUUCAAUUCACAAUUUUAUGACACAUCCUGAGUUUAGAAUAGAAGAUUCCGAGCCUCAUAUUCCCCUUAUUGAUGAUACUGAUGCUGAAGAUGAUGCUCCAACAAAACGCAACUCUACUCCUCCCCCCUCUCCCAAUAAAAAUAACAAUGCGGUUGACAGUGGAAUUCACCUUACAACAGACACGAACAAGUCUGCUACCUCUUCAUCCCCAGGGAGCCCGCUACAUAGUUUGGAAACAUCACUCUGAUUGUAAGCUGAAUGUUAACACACUAGCUGCAUUGUAAAGAAAUUGAAACUGGGUCUCUUCACACAUUAUGAUGGACAAGAUGAUAUUCUUGUCUUGGACUUCAACAGAAGACACACUUGUACGAAUGUAGAUUUAUUUUUUUAAAAAAAGCUUUCUGCCAGACUGGAGGGUGCUUUUCUGGGGGUGGGAGUAAUAAUGAACUCUGACAGAUAAACAGUAACUCAGCAUAAGUGACCUGUGGAUCAUCUGUUGUACUUAAGAAUGGUCCUGAACAGUGUGUUAGCAGAGCUUUAGUUUAUCUUGAUCCUUUUGUGAGGGGAAGGCUGGGAAGGGCAAGGAGGCCCUGGAUCACUGAAAUGAUACUUUAAUUCUGCUGUUGGCUGUUAAUAAUUUGGAUUAUUUAUGUUUAUAAAUGAUACAGAUCUGUUUACAAGGUUUGUAGAUACUUUUUUGUUCCUGUUCAUAGAUGGGAAGCUUCCUUAUAAAUGAUGCAGAGAAAAAAACAACAAAAAAAAAAAAACAAAAAAAUAGUCCUUCAAAUACUGCUGUAUUUUCAGGAAAAGGGUGUUUCUAUUGAAACUGUACUAAAUUUUGCCUGCAAUUUACCUUGUUAAAUAUUGUAGAUAAAUUGCUGAUAUUAAUAGCCAAAUAGAUAACACUAAUGCUUUGUAAAAACAUGAGCAGUGGUGUUCUAAUGAAGUUAUGGCCUCUGUCCUAAUUAGUUUCUUAAAUACAUUUACUACUUAAUGGUUUUGAAACAACUGUUUAAUUUUUAAAAAAUUUUGAGAAACUUACUAAAUAACUUUUGUUCAGAACUUAGGAUUGUUUAAUGCAGGACAUCAAUAUGUGAUGGAACUUGCUUGAAAUAUUUCUGUUAUCUCGGGCAAAAUGGAUUAAAUCAAAAUACAUCAGAAUCUUAGUCCUUUGUUUUUGUCUAAACAUGUUAGUUUAGUGCUGUCUUGGUGAACUGUGAGUGGAACUGUGGAUUUUUUUCCCUAAUCUAUAGGAUCCUUCAUGCAACAUGAGGGCUGUUGGCAUUUUGAAAGGUUGUUAGUGGAUAGCAUACAUGUUCUCCUUUUUGUUUUUGAAAUUUGUUUGUAAACAUGAAUAAAUCUGCCCUUUUGUUAAAAUAAAAUUGCAGCAAUGGUUUCUUACAGUUUUUUUUUUUUUUUCCUCAGCUCCUUCACUGGAAACACUGAAACAUGUUUUGUAUUACUGGUUAACUUUAAACUACAAUUUCAAGAUGGUAACAGCCCCAUUAAAAAUAGUACUUUGGGUAAAUCAAAUCAUGGUGGCUGCCUCACAGAAUUGAAUGUAAGCUAAGGUAUCCAAAAGUCUUGACUGAGCCAAAAAGAUACUCCUCGUGAAUGAAUAGUUCUGGCUGUGAUUCUGAUUUUUGUUGCGAGUAGCAUCUAAUGUAUUUCCCUUAUUUGGGUGGUAAGGGGUAUAAUCAGUUGACUGAGGUGAGGCCAGUGAAAGUAUGUAUGUGUAUAUACAUAUAUAUUUAUACAUUUUUCUUCAGUUGAUCAGUAUUUCCAUGUACCAAAAACUGACCUGUUAGCAAUUGACUGAAAAGCUAUGGUCUGCCUCAAUUAUACUGUUAAAACAGCUAAGGAUGGGACAGUACUUGAUAUGCCAGUUUCUGUUGUUUUCUAGAUCUAAAUACAGCUUAGAAGGACAGCUGAAGAGAUGAGUUGCACUCAUUUUCUCCUACUGUUUCUGUAUCCCUAGACAGAGUGAGAGAAUCUUUUGGAGAAUAAGGAGCACUAUGGAGACUCUUACUUUAAGUGGUCCUUUGAAGGAGUGAAGGAAUAACGUGGUAAAAAAGGAAAGAGGAGAUAAUACUAGAGCAAACUGCAGAAAUGAGCAGGCUAGACAAGCAUGUCUUUCCUUUGUGGUGGGAUACAUGCAUGCUUUUGGGUUUGUCUGUUAGUGGGUCAUGUUCAACCUGUAGCACUGUAUCCCACUGUCAACCACUCCUGAAUUCAGUCUUUUCUAUUGCCUCUAAACACACUGAAGUCUAGGAAAGCGGUUUUAUGCUUGGCACUUGUUAUAUAGUAAGUUCUCCCAUGUUUCUAACGCUUCCUUUAAUUCAGAAUUUUUACCUAGAGUGUGUGUGUGGGGGGGGGUGCAGGGAAAUCCCUUUUUAUUGUGAGCUCUGUUUUUUUUUUUCUCUCUCCUUACUACAGAAGUUGCAGUAGGCUUUGGCUUAAAAUGAGGAGAGUUUCAUUACUAAAAAAAAAAAAGUGCACUGCCACAUGAGAAAGUUUUAUGCAUCAUAAACCCCAUCUGGAAAUCAAACUUAAUUUUUUCCCUUUCUACUAGCUGUGAUCAUGACUGCAUUAUAUAUAUAAGUUUUUUGAAUAAAUUCUACACUUGUAUGCUUUUUGGAGGCUGGGAGGAGGAUGUAGGCUUUGUACAUCAGUGGUCCCUUUCGAUCCUGUUAACAGUGCUGUUCUUACAGGAAGUUUAAGUGAAACCUAAAUAAGGAAAACUUGUUUAAACAAGGGGAUGUUUUCUCUGUGAUCUCAAGAAAUCAUAACAUGUUGCCUAGAUUAUGAAAUGGUUAUCAACUAAGCUAAUGAGGCCUUCAUUGCCUUUCUGGUUGUAAGGUUGACUUGUCUGUCUUUGUUGUAACUGAAAUAAAUAAAUGUGCUGUUCAUCUCA